AAAUACUUAUUCUAAUAAGGAUUGCAAAUAAUAUAUUGGACAAAUUGGUUAAAUUUAAGAAGAUGUUGUUGUGAUUGUUAUUAAUAAAAUAAUGAAUUGUAUAAAUGGCUUAUUUGGAGCAACAGCUAAUAGGCUAAACCAAAUAUAAGGAACACCCUUUAACACAAGUUAAUAUAAACAAUAAUAUAAUUUAACUGCCAUUUCAAGUAAUUUUGGUUUCUUUUAAUAUUUGUGUUUAUAAAAUACAAUGACUUAAAUAUGUUUGAAUAAUAUUACAUAUAAUAAUUCCAAGAAGAGAGGAAUUUAGUACAAUAGGCUAAAUUUACUAAUUUGCCACACCAAAAGCUAAAUCAAGCAUAGAGAGACAUAUCAUUGUAGGGUUUCUAUUAAACUUUGUUACAAAGCUCAUAAUAAAUUAAUAAUAAAUUAAAACAUUAACACAUUUAAAUAAAUAAUCUAUUUGUAGAAUCAAAGAAGAUUUUGUAGAAAUUUCUUAAAUAUGAUAAGGUAAAAAUUAGAUAAUGAACUGUUUUAAAAACAAUAAACAAGAAUAUAAGAGAGAGAUUAAAGACAAGAAGAGAAAACUUGCUAUAUUAAUUUUUGA